UUUCCCGUUUAUGUUGUGAAUCCGCCAAAUGAUAGUAGUCGUCUCGUCUCACGAGUCACGACUUGCUCAGACUCAAAUCAAUCAUCCCCAUUCAGAGCUCAGAGCUUGAGCUUCAAUGUCGACGAAGAAGCAGAACGAUGAUAACACCAAGAAGGCGGGCUCUACUCACUAGUGACCCCGCAGUCCCCAACCUUCGUUCUCACCGUCGAAGAAGCCGUACGCUCGCCGUCGUUCUCACCCUCAAGCAGCCGACUCGCUUUCGCCCUUCCCUCAACUCCCCUUUUCUAGCAAAACAGUUCUGGAACUGCCCUCCUGAGUCUAUUUACGGGAAAUCUGACCAAGGUGGCAAGUACUACAGGUAGAAAAAGAGGGCAUUGUCAUGGUUGGAAUUGGUGGUCCUAGUGGCUCUGGAAAAUCAAGCUGUCACUGUGAGGCAUUGAACCAGUAAGUGCUUUCUCAUCUUGAAGAAAAAAUACCUUUUGCUUGUAGGGUAAAAGUGUUUGCAAAAAGAGCCUCGAGACUUGACCAUUUUGGUAAGUUCUUUGCAUUCAAGGACAUGUUGAAAUAUCAAAUCCAGUAACCAAUACAUCCCAGAAGGAAAACAAACCCAGCCAUUGAUUUCUUGCCACUGGACACUUUCAUCACUUGCUGUAGCCACCAUCACCUUCAUCUCCCCCGUUCUUAACUUUUUCCAGUGCCCUCCUGUUCGUCCAUAUUUUCGGUCUUUGGCCAUUUCCCGCCACAAACCUGCAACACUCGCAGGUGAGAGAUUCCACAGUGAGAGGGCUGCUGGAGGCUCUUGAUGAUGGUGCUAGACUAGCUGCUCUUUGCAGCCUGCUUUUCAUUUCUCUGGAGCAUUUUGACAAACACAUUGAGCUACAACUUUGAGAAGCCAAUUGAAGUGGGGUUUGAUAUUUUCUCAAUCAUGAUCAGAGCUCGGUCCAAGCUAUCUCUUUUCUCUGACAUGGCACGGUGCAUCAGCCACAGUUCACUCCCUUUUUCUUACUUUCACAGAGUUCAGCAUCCCCUCGUGAGUGCUGGUUUCGGAUUUGGAAACCCUUCUUCAAGCCCUGACACUUAUUCAGCUGUGCCUGAAUUUGGCUUCUCAAUGAGGCUACUUUGUACUUCAUCUUCAAUAAGAUUCUCUGGGGUGACUGAUGCUCCUGUUCUAGGACUGGAUAAGUCACUAACUGCUUCUAAUGAUGGUGAUUAUGAUGAUUGUAAUGAUGAGGAUGAUGAGCAAGGCAAGAAGAAUUAUGAGAUUGGUUCCCAUUGUAAUCAGUUAGAUUUAAGGGGUGAUGGUCUUCUUGCCCAAGAUGUUAAAACCAUUUUGGAUAUAAUUCAUGAACCAAGUUCUGGACCAUCUGGAAUCAAGCACAAGCUUGAACAUUGCGGUGUUUCAGCAUCCUCGGAGCUGGUUGUGGAGGUCCUUUCAAGAAUUCGCAACGAUUGGGAAGCAGCUUUCACUUUCUUCUUGUGGGCUGGCAAGCAACCCAAGUAUGCUCAUUCGGUUCGCGAGUACCAUUCAAUGAUCUCUAUUCUUGCCAAGAUGAGGAAGUUUGAUACUGCCUGGGCCUUAAUUGAGGAAAUGAGAGGCGGAAGUACUGGUCCAUCUCUUGUGACGCCUCAAACUCUUAUGAUUAUGAUUAGGAGAUAUUGUGCCGUGCAUGAUGUUGGAAGGGCUAUAAACACAUUUUAUGUUCAUAAAAGGUUUAACUUUCAAGUUGGAUUAGAAGAAUUUCAAGGCCUUCUAUCUGCUCUUUGUAGGUACAAGAAUGUAGAAGAUGCUGAGCACUUGUUGUUCUGCAAUAAGAAUGUAUUUCCACUUGACACCAAAAGCUUUAACAUCAUUCUGAAUGGAUGGUGCAAUUUAAUCAUUAGCACACGUAAUGCAGACCGAAUUUGGCAGGAGAUGAGCAAGAGAGGAAUCCGGUAUGAUGUCAUCUCCUAUUCGAGUAUCAUAUCUUGCUAUUCAAAAACUUCUAAACUUUACAAGGUGCUCAAGCUGUUUGACGAGAUGAAGAAAAGGAACAUCACUCCUGAUAGGAAGGUUUAUAAUGCAGUCAUCCAUGCCCUUGCCAAAGCUAGGCACAUAAAAGAAGCUGUCAAUCUCAUUGGAACAAUGGAAGCCAACAAUGUUACCCCAGAUGCUGUUACUUACAACUCCCUUAUAAAGCCUCUGUGCAAAGCUCAUAAAAUGGACGAAGCUAAAGAAGUCUUUGAUGACAUGUUGAAGCGGGGUCUAUCACCUACAAUUCGGACUUUUCAUGCUUUCUUUCGUAUAUUAAGGACCAGAGAAGAGGUAUUUGAGCUUUUAGACAAAAUGAGAGAACUCAGAUGCUGUCCAACUAUCGAGACCUACAUAAUGCUGAUAAGAAAGUUCUGCCGUUGGCGCCAGCUUGAUGAUGUCUUAAAGAUAUGGAAUAAAAUGAGAGAAGAUGGAGUCAGCCAUGAUCGUAGUUCGUAUAUUGUACUGAUUCAUGGGCUAUUUUUGAAUGAAAAGCUAGAGGAAGCACAUAAAUAUUAUGUAGAAAUGCUGGAGAAAGGCUUUGCUCCCGAACCGAAGACAGAAAAAAUUAUUCAGGCAUGGAUUUAUGGGAGACAGGUAACACAAGAUCGGGUGACAGAUUUACAGGACAAUCAAGUGGAACAUGAUACGUGGAGAAAGAAAGACAAGGCUAAACCAAGUAAAUUUGAGAAGGAAAAAUCUUUUCUUCACAAACCAGAGACCAGAAGAGUAAUUAGAGAGAAGGGGUUUUCUUUCUGGGAGCAAUAAAUCCUUCAUGACAUUUUUUGUUUACAGAUUGUACUUGUUUCUUGCACUUCUCGAAUUCAAUUCUACAGUGCUAAUUGGUGAUGUCUGGAGACUUCAUGCUUUAAUUGCUUUGCCAUAACCAAGAGUUAUAAAGGUAUAUUUGUGAAACUGAGUUUGGGGUUUUAUAUUCCAAAGUGCAGUUAGAAACCGAAACCAAUGCUGUGAUCUCUUUGAUUGCAGAGGAAAAUAUGAUUUCGUAGCCAUCUGAAGAGACCUGUUAAACUAUGCAAUUCGGAGGUAAAAUUAUCACAGAAGCUGCAUGAAAAAUCUGAAUAAUUUACCUUUAGUUACAAGGUGGGAAGGUGAAAGAAGCAUACACACAUCGUUCAACUGUAACUGAAAGGCUUCCCCUGAACCAAAGACAAAAAACUGCUUCAGGAUCUUGUUUCUGUGCUCCAAUCGAAUAAUGUUUAUCUAUCAGAUUAUGCUUAUUGACUGGUGUCGCUGAUACAAACAAAUCGAAUUCCAAUGUUCUUCCGGUGGAUUACAAGGUUUCAGCUAAGAGAGCAUGUGAUGAAGCAUUCUUUUAUUCCCUUAACAGCAAGGAGAAACUUCCCCUAUGUAUGAAUGGAUCUCACAAACCAAUAUACACUGCUCGUUGAGGGAUUUGGUAAGUUUGCAAUAUAGUUAUGCAUCUUAAAGUUUAUGACAAAAUCUAUAGAUUAAAAGAUAUUAAAUAGUCAUUUUUUGUUUCUUGUAUUUUUAGGAAUAUAGGAAUAUCUUGAUCCUGAAUGUGAUAUACCCUAAAUUUUAAGGAGAUUAGUUUUUAUAUCUAUGCAGAGGGCUGUUUGGUAUUAGAGGGUUCAACAUGGGAUUUACUUAGA